GCCCAUGCCCGUCAUCCACGUCGCGCCCGCGCAUCCCGAGUAGGCUGCUUUCUUCCAUCCCGGCCCUGUCCCGAUCCCAGUCGCUGGUUCGCUCGCUGUCGUCGGUGAGGGCGAGCAGCCGAGCACCAGCAUAAGGUGCGCUCGAGCCUUUCUCUGGGAGGCGGUAUGGAGGCUGCCUUGGCGAGCGCUCUGACGAAGGAGGUCGUACUGAAGCUCGUCACGCUGCUGAGCGAGAAGCACAAGCUGUCAAAGGGCCUCAAGGAUGACAUCCGUUUCAUCCAGACCGAGCUUGAGAUGAUCUCAAUUGCAAGGGACAGUCACCUGGUGGAUCCGAGCGCGUCGCGGCCUCAGGUCAUGUCCAUGGAAGAGAUGCGUGAUCUGGCGCAUGACAUCGAGGACUGCUUGGAUCGGUUCCUGCCCUGCGUCGCUUGCGACGGGGAAUCAUCGGUCCUCCACCGCCUGAAGAAGGCGGUUGCUAGCACCAGAUCCCGGUUCGCGGCGGAGAUCCGGAAGCUCAAAAAGAGGUUGAAGGACGCGCAGGAGCGAAGGGUCAACUACGAUGUCAACGGCUGCAGAUCCUCCGCCGGGGCAGCUUCUCCGGCGACAGCGGACACGGCCGAGAAUGACCCUGUGGGCAUCGACAAACCAAAGCAGGAGCUUGUCGAGCUGCUGCUAGAUAGCGAGCCGGGGAAGUUGGGUGUCAUAUCCAUCGUGGGGUUCGGCGGCUCGGGGAAGACGACGCUCGCGAGGGCAGUGUAUGAUUGCUCUAGUGUGGUCGGGAGAUUCCCUUGCCGUGCCUGGGCUGCGUCGUCGGAGCACAAGGACGCCGGGGGACUUCUGACGGCGAUACUCCGGCAAUUGCACGCGGAUGAUGUGCCUCAGGUCCAAAAUUCCAUCAACGAUUUUCUGCAGACUACAGAAUGUUUAAUUGUAAUUGAUGACAUCAACAAGCAACAUUGGGAUGCCAUAAAAUCCAUCUUCCAUAGGGAAACAAAAAGCAGAAUCGUAGUAACCACGGCUCUUCAAUCAGUAGCUAAUGCUUGCAGCUCAGGUGAUGGUUUUAUUUACAAGAUGAACAUUCUUGAUGCGGAACUCUCUAAGGUUUUGCUAAUGAAGAAGGUAUUCUUUCGAGGAUGUUCGCCUGAAUUAGAGCGGGGUUCAACCGCAAUUGUGGAGAAGUGUGAUGGCCUUCCACUUGCUCUUGUUAGUGUGGCUAAGUUUUUGCUAGGCGAGACUGAGCUCACAGGAAGUCACUGCGCGCAAGUUUGCCGCAGCCUCGGGCAUCAUAUGGAGAAAGAGGCAGACUUCAGAAAACUUCAACAGGUUCUUUUAAAUAGCUAUUGCAGUCUUUCUGGCUAUCCUCUCAGGACCUCAUUACUAUACACAAGUGUGUUCCCAAAUGGUCGUCCAAUCAGGAGGAGUACUUUAAUCAGGCGAUGGUUAGCCGAAGGUUAUGUACGAUGUCAGUACAAACGCAGUGACCUGGAGGUAGCAGAUGAAAACUUCAAGGAACUUAUUGACCGGAAUAUCGUUCGGCCGAUCGAUGCUAGCAACAAUUCUAAGGUGAAGACAUGCAAAACUCAUGGUAUUAUGCACGAGUUCAUGCUGCACAAGUCCAUGUCUGAUAACUUCAUCACUUCUCUUCAUGAUCAAAAUCGAAGUAAUUUUCGUCACCUGUUCAUCGAGAACCCUGCAAGUGACAGCACCUUGGGCAUGAACCAGCAUACAAGUUCAGCAAGUGAUGAUACAGCUGGCAGCAAGAAAUUCCGUGCCCGAUCUCUGACGAUCUUUGGGAAUGCGGGAGACGCUGCUUCCGAGUUUUGCAGGUGUGAGCUACUGCGAGUGUUGGAUCUGGAAGAAUGCAAUGAUUUGGUGGAUGAUCAGCUCGAGGAUAUACACAAGCUGUGGUAUCUAAAAUAUUUGAGCCUUGGGGGCACUAUCAGCAGCCUUCCAAAGAAAAUUGACAAGUUACACUGCUUAGAGACACUGGACCUGAGGAAGACAAAGAUAGAUUUGUUGCCAGUAGAAGUCAUUGGGUUGCCUCACUUAGCUCACCUGUUUGGAAAGUUUAAGCUUGGGAAAAAUGACUUGAAAAUGAGCGAACUAGAGAAGGUCCUGCCAAAAAAAAGUAAGUUGAAGACUCUUGCAGGAUUUGUUGCAGAUGAAAACCCUGGUUUUCUACAACUGAUGGCUCAUAUGAAAGAAUUGAAAAAGGUUAAGAUAUGGUUUGAAGCCACUGGUACAGACAACGAGAGCUUGCCUCAUAUUUCAAAGGCGGUUCAGAAGUUUGCUCAGGAUGGUAUGGACACGGCAGGUGUUCAUUCUCUGUCACUUGAUUUUGGAAACUCUUCGGGAGACCUCCUGAGUUCUAUAGAGGAAUAUUGUUAUCUUAGCUCACUGAAACUGCGGGGCAGGCUGAGCCUAUUGCCUCAGUUUGUCACGUCCCUAUGUGGCCUCACGGAGUUGUGCCUUUCAUCAACUAAUCUAACGGGGAGUGAUCUGUCAAACCUGUGUAAGUUGCAGUACUUGCUGUACCUUAAACUGGUUGAAGCGGACCUUAGGAGCUUCAGCAUAAAAAGUGGAGAUUUCCCAAGCCUGCGACGCCUAUGUCUUGUUGUGCAAAUACCCGUCCUCCCUACAAUCAGAGAAGGAGCCCUGCCCUUUCUUGUCUCAGUUCAGCUGCUCUGUAAAGAUCUUGUUGAUCUUUCAGGCAUCAAGAUAGAAUACCAUGGUCGUCUGGAGGAAGUUGCUCUUGAUUAUAUGGUCAGCAACAAAACAGUAGAAAUGUGGGAAACUGCAGCAAAAAAGCAUCCUAAGAGACCAAAGAUUCUGUUUCUCAAAAGGAUUGAUCCAAGCGAAACUGAAUCUACUGUGAAAUAUGUGGCGACAGAUGGACCAAUUUGUGAGAAGGAAUCCAUCAUUGAGUUGAAUCAAGUUCAACUAACACAGAAUAUGUUGCAGAAUAAAUGCAUUAUCCGCUCAGUCCAUUCAAGUUCAGUGAACAAGCCCAAUUCAGCUUUGAAGAAAAUAAUAGUUUCAGAAACCCCUCAGGCUGCAUCCAAGCUGUCCAGUGUUGGGGCGGUGUGAUGCCUCCUGCAAGGCGAGGAACCUGUCAGUUCGUGUGCUUCUUUGUGUUCAGUCAUAUUUCCAUUUAAACAAAUGUGCCACAUAAUAGCAUGACUAUGACACCAACGGUACAACAUAAUUGUUUACAUUUUCUGUAAAAUAUGUUGUGUUUGUUAGUUCAAUUCUGACAGAUAGGUCACAUCUGUCUACAGUUGUAAUUUGAUUUCUUAUAUUCAGGUUUUUGAAAUGAACAUUGGAGAUCAUUUUUCUCUCUUCAUUUUUU